GGUUACGGCGCGGGGAAAAUGGCGGCGGCGGCCGGGGAUCCCCUGAUCGGUGGAGGGGGAGUAUCAGCCUACGCUGUUCUUCCUGAGCCACGGGCCUCCCCCGGGCUGCGGCCCCAGGUGGCGGCGACUUGAUUAGGAAUUAGGGUCCCGACGCAGGUUGCGGCGUCUCCGACUCAGAAUCAUGGUGUCAUGGAAAGGGAUUUACUUUAUACUCACUCUGUUUUGGGGAAGCUUUUUUGGAAGCGUUUUCAUGCUGGGUCCCUUUUUACCUUUGAUGUUUCUAAACCCAUCUUGGUAUCGCUGGAUCAACAACCGCCUUGUGGCAACCUGGCUCACACUACCUGUGGCAUUGCUGGAGACCGUGUUUGGUGUAAAAGUGAUUAUAACAGGUGAUGCAUUUAUUCCUGGAGAAAGAAGUGUCAUUAUAAUGAACCAUCGGACAAGGAUGGAUUGGAUGUUUCUGUGGAAUUGUCUGAUGAGAUACAGCUACCUCAGAUUGGAGAAAAUUUGCCUCAAAGCCAGUCUCAAAAGUGUUCCUGGAUUUGGUUGGGCUAUGCAGGCUGCUGCCUAUAUCUUCAUUCAUAGGAAAUGGAAGGAUGACAAAAGCCAUUUUGAAGACAUGAUUAAUUAUUUUUGUCAUAUUCGUGAACCUCUUCAACUCCUCAUAUUCCCAGAAGGGACUGAUCUCACAGAAAACAGCAAGGCUCGAAGUAAUGAUUUUGCUGAACAGAAUGGACUUCAGAAAUAUGAAUAUGUCCUACACCCAAGAACUACAGGCUUUACUUUUGUAGUAGACCGUCUAAGAGAAGGUAAGAACCUUGAUGCUAUCCAUGAUGUCACUGUGGCGUAUCCUCACAACAUUCCUCAGACUGAGAAGCACCUCCUCAAUGGAAACUUUCCUGAGGAAAUCCACUUUCAUGUCCGCCGAUACCCCAUCGACACCCUCCCUACAUCCAAGGAGGACCUUCAGCUCUGGUGCCACAAGCGGUGGGAAGAGAAGGAAGAGAGGCUCCGUUCCUUCUAUCAAGGGGAGAAGAAUUUUUACUUCACUGGGCGGAGCGUAAUUCCCCCUUGCAAGUCUGAGCUCAGGGUCCUUGUGGUCAAAUUGCUGUCCAUACUGUACUGGACCCUGUUCAGCCCUGCAGUGUGCCUGCUCAUCUAUCAGUACAGUCUAGUUCGGUGGUAUUUUAUAAUCACCAUUGUAAUCUUCGUGUUGCAGGAGAGACUGUUUGGUGGACUGGAGAUCAUUGAACUUGCAUGUUACCGUUUUUUACACAAGCAACCACAUUUAAAUUCAAAGAAAAAUGAGUGAGAUUAUAUGGUUGACAAUGUAAAAAAACCUAGGGGAUAUUUUGGAAAAGUUCUAAACUUCUGUAAACCGAGUUGCAUUUUUGCAUGAUGAUGUCAAAUAUUUCAUACUACCAUCAUUAUUUGUUAAAGAUAUUUUGCAUUUAAUUUUGUGAGAAAAAAUAUUGCUACACAACAGUUUUUUUUUUGUUGUUUUGUUUUUUUUAAAUCUCUGAACAUAAUUUUCGACACUGCUUAGCAGGGAGCUGUCGCUGUGAAGUAACUCGGGCCCAGAGUAUUAAGCAAUCAUCAAGCUUGUAACAGAGAGUACACAGAAGUUCUUCUUACAGGCCCAAUCUGAUUACCUGCCAAACUCCCUAGAUGAGAAGGCAGACCUGGACCUCUUGAGCAUGGGCCCAGGUCAAGUGCCGGUACAUGACUGCCCAGGUCACCUCACCAAGGUGAGCACUUUCUCCUGGCACCCCUGGCACACGGUGCCUGGGACUCCCUGCUUCUGCACUGCCCUUACCCCUUUCUAUGCCAAUCAAACCCAUUCUACCCUUCUUCCUGAAGACCAGAAAACUGAAAUCCCUGUUCUUAAACUAAUCAAACAUUUUGAUAGGAAGCCCUUCAUCAUUCUUAAAAUUUUGGCAUUUAGCCUUGUGCGACCUAGGCGUCAGAAGACCACCUGUGCCCUUCUUUCACAAGGAAAAUAAGACCUGGACGUGUCUCAGGAAGCAACCAUAGGCUCUCCACUUGGAAACCUGAGCUUGAGUUUUAAAGAUAGGAAUUAAUAGGGUUUAGUUCUUCACUCCUACUUAAUGUUGCAUGCUUAGUGCUGGUUUCCUUACAACUUGUUGGCAGGUGUAGCUUUUUCUGCAUUAAAAAUGGUAUACAUGAAGUCACUUUUUUAAAGGAAGGCUUGGAGAACAUUGUUAUUGCAGUCAGACACUGUCUUUUGAAGUUGCAUGUCUUUUGAAGUAUUUCUUUAAAACCUAUCAAAAAAGGAAGGUUAUUAUGUCUUCUCCAUAUGCUGGGUGUCCAGCUUCUGCCCUUGAAACAGUAACAGCAGUGCUGCAGACAGGGCAGUAACGGUUUACUUACUCUGCCCUGGAGCCCCAGCAGGGUUACUCCUAAAACCAAACUGAUGGACAGAAAUGAAUCCUUUUUAAUAGUAGCAAGGGGUCUCUCUCUCUCUCUUUUUUAAUCCCAAGCUUCCUCUUUCAGUAUUAAUAUUUACACCCGCUUUUGACCAGUUGUUCACCUAAAUAUUCCUGUCAUUUGGAGUCACUGGAAAAUCUAGUAAACCAACAGCGUCAGUCUCCUUCUGAGGCAAAAGAAAUGUAUCCUCGUUUCCACUCUUCUUUUUACUUCAGUCACAGGGAUGCUGGUCAGCGCAGCAGAAAAUGUGAGGCAAUUAAAAGUUCUGUUAGCAAACCUGCCAGCUUUAUUGCUGUGUUCAGUCAGCCUCAAAAGCUACUUACUGCUUUGUGUACUCUUGUGGCAUCAGUGCCUUCUCUUUAAUUACACUUCAUUUUUGCUUGACUGUGACUUUUACCCAACAGUUGAAUUGCACAUUGUGGUGAAAGGUAAACAUGUCGUGAGCUGAACUUACAGAGCAGAUACUUGUAGAAAGUACUGGUUGGGACAGAACAAUGUUGACACAUCAUUUUUAUUGGAAGGAUAUUAACUAGUGGCCCUACUGAAACUCACCAGCCUAUAUUUAAAUGCCCCUCACAAGCUAUUUUUAAUCCUGCUCGGAGUUACAAAUUAGUUAUUAUGCACAUCUGCUCCAAACCCAGCUAUUUAACCUCAUGGUUUUUAAGGUUUUUUUGUUUGUUUUUUGCCCUAACCUUUGUUGUUGUUGUUGUUUUUCUGCCUUAGUAAAAGAGGUUUCUAAUUUAGGUUUCUCUCAGACUUCCUUUGGUUACAUUUGGAAACACGGAAACAGCUUAACAAUUAGGAUCACAUUUGUCCUGAGUAGAAGAGAAAAGCUGCGCCCUCUACCCCAAAUGGGUUUACAAUGCAGCCAGCCAGUCCAAGCUGCAGUUGAUUACUGACCACCUUCCGCAGUCACGUGCCUCCUUGUGCAAAAUGUACCCUCUGGAAUCUUUAAAGAGGGAUUUGAUUUUUUUUUUCCCUGCUAAUUAGAAACAUGAAUGUGAGCUUUAUUUGACCUACCUGGAUUCAUAAUUAUAAAGCACUAAAACUGACCAAUAAUCAACAUUGUACUUGCUUUAAGAAUUAGAAAUGAUAACGUCAAAAAGAAAGUCCCAUUUGGGGGGUUUGUUUUGUUUUAGCUUUUUGCAAUCAGUCUUCUUUUUAAAUCAUAACUGUUUGCAUUUCUCUACAUGUUUAUUUGUGUUAAAGCCUUUUUCUUUUAUUUAAAUAAAUAAUUUUUAAAAAGAAAUACACAGUUAAUGAUUUGGAACUGAGAGCUAUUUUAAAUUGAUGCCAAAACGUCAAGCAUGAAUUACUUUAGCUUUUCAAUAUGAUUGCCCCCAGUAAUUACCCUUUCUACACCUUCUCUCCCUGUCCCUCCACACCCAGAGCCACUUCGGGUCCAGCUAUAGCUGGACACUCAGUCCCUACUUAAUGCCCUUUCGGUCCUUCGAAGGCGAACUCGAUCGACUUUGAAAUUUUUACAGUGCUAUAGGUCUAAUUGUUAAAUCUUUAAUUUACCAUUCUGUAAAGUUUUAAAUAAAGCAAUUGUGGUUUAUAUAGGACAUGAACCAUUAUACUUAAAAUAUGAACCUACAAGAAAGGGCCCUGGUUAGGUAACAAGUUCUUUAACCAGACAUCUUUGAUGAAACAAGCCAAAGUAAUUUUAAAAUUCAUUAGAAAAACAUGGCAAAGGACUUAAAGUAAAUGUUAGAAAGAGCUCAUAAUUUCAGGCUCCUAAUGAAAUCCUUUCUUGUUUUUUUAUGCUGUUACAAUGCAGAUUAAGGGGAAAUAACAUCUUCCAUUUGAGUCACUGAAAUUAAUUAUUCCAACAGCACCAUUCAGAAAUCUUGUAUCAGGAGCACUUAGCAAGGCUGAGUUCUGCAGAGAAGGAGAAUGUUCCAGCCAGCUUCAAGCCCUGGCCCGACCACUACGCCCUGGUGCCCCUUUGCAGUCAAGACUAAGGGAGGGAGCCUGUUGAUGUUCAACUGUUUACAUUUCUUUAUAUAAAUAACAUGCUUCCAGUGCCUUAGUUACGGUUCCCUUUUCUUGUUCCGAGAAUUCUGUAAUGCGUUUCUUAGGUAAAUUCUCUUUGCUACUCACUGGGAGGAAAUGGCUUGUAAGCACUGGUCACUGUCCUGGGUAAGCACCACUUGGUGAUAACAGGGAGAAGAGAGCCAGAUGCUGAGGUAGUGGUUGCCUUAUACUGUUACGCGUGCUGUAGAAAGCAAACGUGUUUUUGUCACAUGAUGAGCUUCAGAUCAGAUACGGCCCUAAAGUUGUCUUGUACCUACCUUUCUUUCUUUAUUUCAUGAGAGAAUCUUAGUUUUGGUAAUUUUUUAAAAAAAGCAUUAUGUGCAAAACACCAAUUUUAAAAAUAACUCACAAAAUGGCCUUAGUUUUCAGUGUCCACUGGUAUGUUUGUGACUUGUAUUAUCUGUAAUACACAUCCCGGAAUAAAAUGGAGUGAAUUAAAUAGAGUUCACAUGUGUGUUCUGUUUCUGUUUGCAGGAAUGAGAACUAUAGGUUAUGAUGCUACUUGGUUUCCCACGUUGUUAUAGCCUUACAAUAUGUAGAAUUUAGGGAGUUCUCAUCAGGUAGGACCCUUUCUUUCACAAAUGUGGGGGGUGGGGAGGAUGGCCUAA